AUGGAGAACAUCUAUGCCACCGUGGCAUCGGGAGAAUUCUUCUUCGGGGUUUUGGUCAAUGUCUUCAUGGGACUAGUGAACUCCAUGGAUUGGGCCAAGACUAGGAGAGUAUCUACAUUGGAUUUCAUCAUCACAGGCAUGGCCAUAUCCAGGACCAUUCUUCUGUGGACAAUAAUAUCUGUGACUAUAUUAGUAGGUUUCUAUUUCAAUGAAAACAUUAAGAAUAAAUUGAGAAUAAUGAAUAUCUUAUGGCAUCUAGGUAGUGUGCUAAGUGCCUGGUUUGAUGCCUGCCUUGGUGUCUUCUUUUUCCUGAAGAUCGCUAACUUCUCCUACCCUGUCUUUCUCUGGCUGAAGUGGAGGGUUGACAAGGUGGUCAUCAGGGUGCUGAUAGUAUGCAUGAUCAUUUCUCUGCUCAUUUGCCUUCCAGGGACAGAGAAAAUGCAUUUACUUUACUUUGAUCAAAGAAAUAAAGCAAACAUAACCGAAAACAUUCAAGUGAGUAGUACCUACUACAUUUUCCCCAUUAUAUUCUUCUAUAUAGGGAGUUUCCCUCCUUUCUUUUUAUGUCUGACCUCUUGUUUCCUGUUAGUCCUAUCACUAUGGAGGCAUACCCAGCAGAUCCAGCUCCAUGUGACAAGCUCCAGAGACCCCAGCACAGAGGCCCAUGUGAAGGCCAUGAAAUUCAUGGUCUCCUUCCUUUUCCUUUUUGUAUUGUACCAUGUGGGCAUCAUCACAGCAGUUUUAAACUUCUCUGUAUUCAGAAACCACCUGGGUAUAAUGUUUGGGAUGAUAAUCAUGAACAUUUACCCUAUGGCCCACUCCAUCAUUCUUAUUCUGUGGAACAGCAAACUAAGGCAGGCCUCAUUGAGGGUAUUGCAGAAACUCAAACACUGCCUCAGAAACUCUUGCUAA